CAUGUAGAGAGUUGUCAUUUGAUUCUUCCUCGUUUAUGGAAUCACAACAGCUGACAAUAGAGGGAAAUUUUGUAUAUAUCUGGAAAAUAUGCGGCUUCCAUGGAAUUUAGUAUCAUCAUUUUUUCGCAAAGUUCUUCAACAAGAUACAAGCACCAAAUCAACAUCUAAAAUAAUGGCUGAGGUAACUGGUAUAAGCAAUUCUGAAGCCCAUGAAUUAUGCAAGGUAGCAGAUCCUUCAACAAAGGAUUUUAUAUUCCAACAAACAAUGUAUCGGAUCAAGGAUCCCCGAAAAUCUUUGCCAUUUUACACGGAAGUUCUUGGUAUGACUUUGCUUCAAAAACUAGACUUUCCUGAGGCAAAGUUUACCUUAUAUUUCAUGGGAUAUGAAGACCCUUCAGAAGUGCCUACUGAUAACAAAAAAAAAACUCUAUGGGCAAUGAGUCGAAAAGCUACUUUGGAACUAACGCACAACUGGGGAACAGAAAGUGAUCCUGAUAUAAAAUAUAAAGGAAGUGCUGAACCUAGAGGUUAUGGAAAUAUUGCUUUGAGUGUUCCAGAUGUUUAUGCUGCUUGCAAAAGAUUUGAAGAACAUGGCGUUGAGUUUUCAAAGAAACCCGAAGAAGGUCGCAUGAAGGGCCUUGCUUUCAUUAAAGAUCCUGAUGGUUAUAAAAUUGAGAUUUUCAAUCCAAACCAUUAAUAAUGUAUCAGAAAAUGAUUAUUUUUGGCAUUAAAUUCUUGUUUGUUGAAAAAAUUAAUGUAUAUUUGUUUGAUAAAGAAAACAGUCUAAAAUAAAAAAGUGCUCUUUAUAAAA